AACACGAAAGCUUAGGAGCAAGCGAACUCCUUUGUCCCGGGCCAAUACCACCGGGCCAGCCCUUUGUGCAAUGAUGUAUGUAUAUAUAGUACAUUCCAUUGGUACCCAAAUCACCUCGUCGUCAAUUCCUCACUUCCUUCUUCUUCCUUAAGCAUGGCUCUUUAUGGGGCUGAUAAUGGUAGAGGGGAGUUGAGGAUUCAUGACAGUAUAGAUGAGCUUAGCACAGAUUUGGCUGACUAUAUAGCGGAAUUAUCAGAUGCGUCGGUGAAAGAGAGGGGUGUUUUUACCAUUGCUUUAUCAGGCGGUUCUCUCAUUGGCUUGAUGGGAAGACUUUGUGAAGCUCCUUAUAAGAAGACUGUUGACUGGGGCAAGUGGCACAUAUUUUGGGCCGAUGAGCGCGUUGUAGCGAAAAGUCAUGCCGAGAGCAACUACAAGCUUGCCAGAGAUGGCCUUCUAUCAAAGGUUCCCAUCAUUCCGAACCAUAUCCACUCCAUCAACGACUCAGCAUCAGCAGAACAAGCCGCCGAGGACUACGAAUUCGUCAUCAGGCAGCUCGUCAGAACCCGUGUGAUCAGCGUGUCAGAGAUCAAUGACUGCCCGAAAUUCGACCUCAUAAUCCUCGGAAUGGGUCCUGAUGGACAUGUUGCUUCAUUGUUCCCCAACCACUCCGCUCUCAACGAGAACGACGAGUGGGUUACUUUCAUCACCGACUCCCCCAAGCCCCCGCCCGAGCGAAUCACUUUCACCAUGCCUGUCCUCAACUCGGCGUCCAACGUGGCCGCGGUCGUGACUGGAAUCGGAAAAUCAGAGGCUGUACACUUGGCGAUCGAUAAUGUGGGGCCUAACUGCCCAUUGUUGCCAGCGAGGAUGGUUCGGCCUAGUAAUGGGAAGUUGGUGUGGUUUUUGGACAAGUCAGCUGCCUCAGAACUUGACAAUUUUUCUCAGUUUUCUCAAUCCUAGUGUAUGUUUGUACUUGGUUCUUUUUCCUUUUCUGGGUUUCUUAUGUAGGUUUUGGUUGUUUGUCCUCGUUUUAUCUAUUGUGUUGGGAUAGGGGGAAAGUGUGGCUAUACCUUUGUCUUGUUUUGUUAGAAGAGGUUGACAAGUUUGGGCUUA